CAGACCAGCAGCAAGUCUUCAGUCAUCUACCGGCUCCUCACCACCGCGGGUUUUGCCACGAAGAGCCUCUUCGUCAAUGAGUGUCCAAAUCCGAAAUCGCAACAUGCCCAUUAGUUUCAAUUCGGUUUAGACAUUGACUAGAAUCGCCAAAAUGAAGUAUAGCGUCUUUGUGUGUUUGUGUCUGUUGCAUUCUGUACUGGCUGUGGAAAUCGAAUUUGGGGGAAGCAACCGAAGAGAGUCGAAAAAGCUGUUUGGAGGAUACAGGAUAACGCCUCGUUUCUGUAAACCGACACGAAAAGCAACCACAUCUCUCGGAGGCCCUAAUAUUUGCAUGUUCAACCAUGAAUGCAGCCAGAGAAACGGCCAAGUGGUCGGAGCCUGCAUGGAUGGCUUCCUCUUCGGCGCUUGCUGCCAAUUGCCAGCAGGAGCGUCAGGAGAACUAAUAGAAAGUGAUCUCCAUCCUGUCACAAGUAUAAGCAAUGGAGUCUCAUCUUCAACACUUCCCCCUCCGAAUGAGAUAAUGUCCAGUGGAGUGUCACAAAUCACCCAGACGUUGCUUAAUCCCGGAGUGUUACCAACUGCACAGGACAAUGCAAUGGUACAAAUCAGUGAAGAUCAAGUUAAAUUCUCCACAACAGGAGUUACACACACCACAGCUCCGGAAACGAUGAUCUUACACGGAAUCAGCAACAGUAUUAGUCCCAGUGAUUUUAAAAUGACCACGAAAGGCUCCGUAAUGGAAGACAGAAAGACGACAAUGAGAUUCGAUGAAACAACAGUGCCAUAUUCAGAAAUGCCAACAAUUCAUAUCUCUGUAUCCAACGCACCAUCGCAUUAUACACCAUCGCCAGGGUACCAGAAACCAGUUUUCCGACCAAAACCAUCAAAACCGUCCGAUACUGAUAAGUACGUUUUAGUACCGACGAUAUCUCACACAGCUAGACCAAAUAAAACGCAAGAAAUCGACUCGAUUGUAAAUAUUUUGCAAAUGUUGAAUGAAACUUCCACCAAUAACCCGUACUAUGGACAAACUUCGAAAAAACCACCAUCGACGUCCUAUGUCUUUAGUGCAACCCCGACCAGAAGACCGGGUUAUAGUCCUCCAACAACAACGUCAAAGAAACCACCAUCCACUUCAUAUGUCUUUAGUACAACAUUGAAACCCAGAAGGACAACAACACCAAUAAGUACCACGAAACGAAAGACUAAACCCACGAAAAAUACAAAUAGGAAAACUACAACUAUCAGGGUUACAACACCGUACGAUUCCAGCAGUACCCCGAAACCAGCAGGACACAGUACUGUCGCUAAUUCGCCUCUUGCCUUCCUCUCAACUCGACCUCCAUCUACCUCCUACGUCUACAGCAGCAUCCCAACACGAAAUCCAGCGUCGACUGUCAACACACACAUCGCAGGGCCUGGAUUUGCCGUUACGUCAACACCUGGCCAGUUUUCAACUUUCCCAAGUCCGGCACCAACCUUAAUAGUCCUAAGUCCGGUGACUGAAGACGAUGUAAUAACACGACGGCCGUUGGAUGAACCCGAAUACGGUUCUUCCGGAUCUCCACUAUACACAACACCGAGACCACCGUCUGGAUCCAUCUACUCAUCCCCUAGACCUCCCUACGCCAGACCCAGCUUGAACUCAAACAACAAACCCAUCAACAGCGUCACAAUCAACAACCACGUCACUCAAAACAUCUACAGCACCAGUGAACGACCCCUACCCACGGUGUUGAUCACCCCCAAGCCCAGUAUCUCAAGCUCUUUAAAUCCUCUGGAUUACAACAAUGGUGCAGUUGAAGUUGAAGCAAAUCCAGACCAGUUGGUCAAUUUCCCCCCAGUUCGCAAUCCGAACCUGAACAUGUCCAAUCCAGUCCUCAGCGAUGAGGAUAUAACCACUCCGGCGUUCAUUGAAGACGAGGCGUUGAACACCAAAGUUGAGUCGUUUGUGAAUAAGAUUAUUCAAGGGUUGCAGGAACCGUUCGAUGGAUUGAAGGAUGUUGUCUAUAAUCGAAACACAACAAUAGCUGACACUACGACGAAAAAACCGGUCAAGAAACAAGGUACUACAACGAAAAAACCAGCGUCGAAACCAACAUCAAGACCCACUUCACUCAGACCUGUGACUUCAAGACCAGUGACUACGAGACCAACGACGAGGAGAUCAACAACAGUUCGAAGACCGUCUUCAACAGUUACAAAGCGGCCGUCAACUACUACGAAGAGGCCGAAAACUACGAAAAGGCCGCAAACGACGACAGAGAGUUUCAUUGAAGAGGAAAAUGUUCUCCCGGAUUCGGAGCAAUACAGAGAUCAAUGUGGCAUAAGACCUUUAUUGAAAACCGGAAGAAUAGUCGGUGGUAAAGGGGCGACUUUCGGCGAAUUUCCCUGGCAAGUGCUCGUGCGUGAGUCGACCUGGCUGGGCCUCUUCACAAAGAAUAAGUGCGGCGGUGUUCUAAUUAGUAACAAAUACGUAAUGACCGCCGCCCAUUGCCAGCCCGGAUUUUUGGCCUCUUUAGUGGCCGUCUUCGGCGAAUUCGACAUCUCCGGAGACCUCGAGAGUCGAAGACCGGUCAGUAGGAACGUUAGAAGAGUUAUCGUCCACAGAAAAUACGACGCUGCCACGUUCGAAAACGACUUGGCUUUGCUCGAACUGGAAUCGCCGGUCAAAUUCGACGCACAUAUCAUCCCCAUUUGUCUACCUCGCGACGGUGAAGACUUCACUGGCAGAAUGGCCACGGUGACGGGAUGGGGUCGUCUCAAGUACGGCGGAGGCGUUCCGUCGGUCCUCCAAGAAGUGCAAGUCCCAAUUAUGGAAAACCACGUCUGUCAGGAAAUGUUCCGGACAGCAGGACAUUCCAAAGUCAUCCUGGACUCGUUCCUGUGUGCGGGAUACGCAAACGGCCAAAAGGACUCCUGCGAGGGCGACUCGGGAGGCCCUCUCGUCCUGCAGAGGCCUGAUGGAAGGUAUCAAUUAGCAGGGACGGUGUCGCAUGGGAUCAAAUGUGCGGCGCCCUAUUUGCCGGGGGUGUACAUGAGGACGACGUUUUUCAAACCUUGGAUUGUUGCUAUAACCGGAAUCGAUACCAGUUAACGAUGUUCAAAAGUGCCCAUGUGAUGAACUUUACCGUGUUAAAGAUACGAGUAUUUAGAGAAAUGUUGAGUGUUUUGUAAUUAUGUAUUUAUUUAUUUAAUUAUUUAAGUAAUAUAUUAAUUUAUUAAAAA